GUGUAGUCUCUUUCCUCCCUAGCGCUGUUGCCGGGGGCAACGGUCCCAUCUGGCCGCAGUGUGUGGCCGAAGCCCGGUGGCGGCCUCUGCGGAUGGACAUCGUGGGAGGAGGGAAACUUUCAGAAGAGCUAGAUGCCGAAAAACCUGGUGUGGUGGUCGGGCUUUCCCUCUGACCCGCAGAAUGGCCGGGGCCAAAUCUUCUCCUGAGCUUCAGUUACAAAAAUAUUAAUAAAGAAUGGCUUCCAUAAGAAGAGCCAGCCAUCCCGCGCGCAAUAUUUUUGGUGAUUUUAGUGAUAUUUCCUUAGAAGAUUCAACAAUGGAAGAAAUCAGAAACUUGAAAAUCAGUAGAAGUCUUACCAAGACAGGACCUGCUCAUAGCAGAUUUCUAAAAGGAAACCAAACCUUGGGUGUAAAACACUCACUCCUGAAAGAGAAGGCUGUUGUGGAUGGUGAGCACAAGCUCUCCUCAGGGAGGCCUCUGACCACUGCCUCGAAGCUCAGGGCCAGCGCCGUGCUCACAAAACUGGCCCAGAUAGAAACCAAGAUUAUGAACAGGAAGGCGCAGAUGGUUUUGUCAGACAUGGAAUCUGACCUGCAGACCUCUGAGGAGAGCCUUCCAAAGAGCACAGAGACAGUCCUUCCCAGGAGUGCAGUCAAACUUUCUUCACACAGCCUGGAAAAAACCUCCCAGAAACAAGCCCAUGAAAUUCCUGUGGCUGAGAGCGGCGCGCAGAAUGGGAAGGUCAGUAGGUUUCUAAAGAGGAGGGAACCACCCGUUGAAAAUACUUUCCCUGAAGCACAUUUUGGAAAAGAGAGGAGUUUUCAAACACCCAAAGAGAAAAAACCUGCUAGAAAACUAGCUUCUCCAGACAGUGAUGAGGAGGAAAUGAAAGAGUUGCUUGGAAGCUUGAUGGAAUCUUCUAGAGAAAAAGAAACAUAUACGAGUCAACAUUUCAGAGGCCCCAGAGUCAGUGAAAAAGAACAGACAAAACUAUUCUUGGAUCGGAUCCCAACUCAGCCAAGAAUCCUUUCACCACCCAGUGAGGAACUUUCCAGCCCAAAGUCAUUUCGGACAUCACGUCUGCCAGGCUCACAGUCCGCAGACGGGACCCUCUGCAGCACGCGUUCUAGAGCUCGCUCCUCACAGACUCACACUUCAGGGGACACGGCCACCCGCACAGCAUCGCUUCCCAUCACUGGCCCCUCCCCAAAGUCAGCCUCCGUGGUGCGGCAGGAGAAGCUGUCCUCCUCCCCCGGAAGGAGUGAGGCUGGGUCUUGUGAUGAGUCACUCUCAGAAGCUGCCGAUGACAGCCUGAACGAUUUUCGAAUCAAUCUUUUAUCCCUUGAAGAUCUGGCUCCAGCUGUCAGUGAGAACUCAGACCUGGAACAGAGAAAAGAAGGCCAGCGGGAUGAGGCAUCCAGCCGAAGCCCCCGGGCUGGGGGAGCCCCCACUCUAAGCGAGGUCUCAGAGCGCCUGAGUGAGCUGUCGGCUCCCAGCCCGAGGCCGAAGUCUCAGGAGCCCACAGCGAGCACCGUGAGCUCGGCUUACUCGGAAGAUUUUGAAACAGCAUCCGAGUCGAGGGCCUGCUCUGAGGAGUCUCCCGACAGGACCCUGGACGCUUCGACAGAAUUCUCUGCAAGUCUGCAGCCAGACCUUGCCCUGCCAACACUGAAGCCUUGGAAGAAGCAGGUCAGGGACAUUACGAGAGUCCUCGUGAAGGAGACAGCCGUGCAGACCCUCGAUCCCGCCUUCACCUACCAGUGGGCAGAGGGGGCCGGCGUGGCGGCCAUCGGGCCUGCCCUGGGAGGUACCUACGUGGACCCUGUGCCCAUUGCCAGUCACGUCGUCAGCGCAGACUCGAUAGAAGCCCUGACAGCCUACAGCCCGGCCGUGUUUGCGCUCAACGACAUGCUGAAGCAGCAGCUGAGCCUGACGCAGCAGUUCGUGGAGGCCAGCCGGCACCUGCACGGGUCCCUCCUUCGGUCCCUGGACCGGGACUCCUUCCACUACCACACCCUGGAGGAAACCAAACAGUACAUCAGGCAGCACAGGCCCGCCCCGCUGUCCAUGGAGGACGCCCUGCAGGAGGUGAAGGAGGAGCUGUGAGCACACAGAGUCAUGCUACGCUGGAUAAGAUGACCCCUGCCCUGGCCUAGAAGUUUCUGAGCUCAAAGAACCAGAGAGAGUGACCAGCACCUCUGCCCCAGAAAGCACUGCCAGUUCUACACGUCUGACCUUCCCUUUCCUUACGUGAGUAGUGUUCUUU